GCGAGCCGGCCGGGCCCUCUCAACGGGCCGCAUGCCGAUAUUAUACCUUCCUACAGGUGGCGAGCAUCAUUAUUACUCAAACUUUCCGACCUAUAACCAGCCGCUAAGGGAAGGCCUCGCGCUGGUGCAGCAAUUGCUGAGCACUUGCGAGAACCUUGUACGCCCCCGCCGUGGUCCCAUUCCUGACUGGACGGACCCUGACGAGGUGGCGGAGCUGACCACGAGCCUCAUUGAUGACGCGUUGGAACGUGUGGACGCGGCGCUAGACGCCGGCAGGGGGCGCGGGCCGGAGGCGGCGGCACGGGUGCAGGCCGCGGGCGCGACCACGGGGACGGGCGGCUCGAAUGAUGUGGCGCUGAUGGCUAACCUGCCGUCGUUUGGCGGCUCCGCCACUCGGGCCACGCGGCACAAGGGCCCUCAGCGGCACGCCGCCGGCCUGGCGCGGCCGCAGGACGGCUUCCAGCCGCCGGUGGACAACCGGGCCGAGGUGCCGUUCCGCCCCGCGGUGGCGCACCUGGCGGGGCUGACGGCGCAGCCGCUGGACCCGCAGCUGUACACGGCAGCACCGGGAGCGGAUGAGGCCUACCCACACCCGUUCGCGCGGGAGCUGGAGUCGCUCGUGUACCCGCCCGCCCAGCUACAGCCUCCGGCGCUGCCGCUACAGCCGCCUCCGGCCCCCGAGGCUACGGAGCUCAUCUACGUGGACACGCCCGAGGCGCUGGAGGAGCUGGCUGCUGAGCUGGCGGGUGUGGGCGAGCUGGCAGUGGACCUGGAGGCGCACAGCUACAGGUCCUACCAGGGCUUCACCUGCCUCAUGCAGCUGUCCACACGCCGCCGGGACUACAUCCUGGACUGCCUGGCGCUCCGGCGGCAGCUGGGGCCGGCGCUGGCGCGCGUGUUCGCAGACCCGGCGGUGGUCAAGGUGCUCCACGGCGCUGACGGGGACGUGGAGUGGCUUCAGCGCGACCACGGCCUGUUCCUGGUCAACAUGUUUGACACGGGGCAGGCCACGCGGGUGCUGAGCUACCCCUCCAACGGCCUGGCGUACCUGCUGGAGAAGCACGUCGGCUUCAUGGCCGACAAGCGCUACCAGCUGGCGGACUGGCGGCUGCGGCCGCUGCCUGCCGACAUGCUGCACUACGCCCGCUGCGACACGCACUGGCUGCUGCACUGCUACGACCGGCUGCGGGUGGAGCUGGCGGAGCUGGAGGAGGAGCGGGACGCCGUCCUGCGCUGGGGCCUGAGCCUCACCGCCCCCCAAACGGCCGUGUUCGCGGCGCUGCUGGCCUGGCGCGAUGCCGUGUGCCGAGCCGAGGACGAGAGCCAUGGCUACGUGCUGCCCAAGGCGGGGCUGGUGGCGCUGGCGCAGGACAUGCCGGACAACGCCAAGCGCGUCCUGGCGGUUCUGGGCCGCGGCGUGUCUGAGGUGGUGACGCGGCGCAUGGGCGAGGUGGUGGCGGCGAUACAGGAGGCACGACACCGCCCGCUGCAGCCACACACCGCACCUGCACCAGCCUCACACCAGCAGCAGGGGCAAGGGCAGUCGGGGGCGGCGGCUGGCGCCUUAGAGGCGGCGGCGCCUGCGCCUGCGUCGCGGUUCGCGCUUAAGCCAAAGGCCGUCGCGCCUAUCCGCAGCUCCCGGGCGCCGGCGGCAGCAGCACCGGCGGCUGCAGCAGCAGCAGCAGGAGCAGCCAGUGUGGCGUCGGAAGCACAGGCAGUCGGUGCGCCGGCUGCUGCGGGGGCGGCUGCGGAGGCAGAGGCGGGCAAGCAGAAGGAGGAGCAGGAACGGGGGGAAGGGGAGGCACGGCCGUUGCCGGAAGCUGUGGCGGCGGCGGCGGAGCCGGCCGCUGACACCAGCGGUCGCGGCCUGCAGGCCAAGCCGCUGAAGCCCGCGACGGCAGCCGUGUCUAAGACAGCGGCGCUGUUUGGAGGCGGCGGGGCCGGAGGUGGUAUCAGAGCGGCACCCGUAUCGCUCCGGGUGGCACCGGCCGGCGCCGGCGGAGCCUCCAAGCUCGGGGCGCUGUUCGGCGCAGCGCCGGCCGCCGCCGCCGCCGCUGCUGUCACGGCGCCCGCAGCGGCCGCGCCGACCGCUGCCGCUGCAGGGGCGGAGGAGGAUGAGGCGGAGAAGGCGGCGAGGGAGCGUGCCAAGCGGCUGCGUGCCACAUUCGCCCUGCCCUUCAUGUCCUCGGCACCCGCGGCGGCACCCGCGGCGGCACCCGCGGCGGCGGCUGCAGCCGCGGGGAGGAGCGGCGCCGCUGCAGCCGGCGCCGCAGGGGAGGGCAAGGCAGAGGAGGACGUGGGCAUGCGCGAUGCGCACGACGGCGGGGACGACCGAGGGGAGGCGGGCGGGGCGGAGGAGAAGGAGGGCGCGGGGGGCGGCCGGCAAGCCAAGACCACGGGCGCGGACAUCCGGGCUGCAAUGGCUGUCAUGCGGGAGCAGGGCGAGGGGCUGGAGGUGGUGGUGGUGAUGGAGGGGCAGGGCGUGGAGGUGCCCGCGGGGACCACGGCGCCCGAGAGGGCGGCCGGGGCCGGCGGCGCCGGCGGCGCCAGUGGGCCUGGCGGCUGGCGGGACGCGCCGGAGGCGAGGGUGAUCGAGGCUGACGGCGGCGGCGAGGAGGAGGAGGAGGGCGAGGAGGAGGAGGUCGAGGAGCAGGCGGCGGCGCAGCAGCGGGCGACUGGUGGCGGCAUUGCGGCCACUGUGCGGGUGGCGGGCGCCGAGGUCGGGCUGGACAAUGUCGACUACGUGCCGCUGCCACUGUCGCAGCUCUACCCCAAGAACAAGCCCAAGUCGGGAACCAAGCGGACGGAAGGAGGUGCCGCAGGCCCUCGUGCGGGGGCCGGCGCCGCGGGCGCCGGCGCGAAGCGCCGCUUUGUCACGGAGGCACCCGGCAGUGCUGAGGCCAGAGCCGCCAACGGCGCCCAAGCCGCACCGCGUUCGUACGGUGACGUCGGCGGCGAUAGCAGCGGUGGCGAGGAUAGCGAGCUCGAUGGGGAAAGUGACGACGGCGGACACACGGUGGGGCCCUUCGCCAGCAGGAAGAGCAAGGCGCGGGCGGCGGCAGCCAAGGCGGCCGCUGCGACCAAGCGGCAGCGGGUGGUGGCGCCGACGGCGGCGGAGAAGGUGCUGGAGGAGGCGCGCGUAGCCGCCGCGGAGCGCCGGGCCGGCCGGGGGCGUGGCCGCGGCCGCGGCCGCGGCCGCGGCGGCCCCACCGCCACCGGCCUAGAGGCUGACUUCCCUCGCAGCAACGUAUUGCCGGAGCCGGUGAAUGACGACCCGCGCGCGAAGCGCGGUGGGCGUAACGGCGGGCGCGGCGGCGCCGCCGGCGGGCGCGGCGGCGGGCGGCAGCCCACCGCCUUCAACCCGUACGACAUCCCUGAGGAGUUCCUGAUGAAGGGCGGGAAGCGCAGUGCCACCAUGCCGCGGUCGGGUAACCGCAGCUACACGUUCAAGUGAAACUGUGUCGUGGCGAGUAUGCGUGUAUGCAGGGGCGAAUGGCGGGCUGCCCGAGGGCUGCUGCGCGGCCGGUGGCUGUAUGAGGGAAGGCGAGCGUUAACCGGCGGCGCCGAGGGCGGCGCCUGGCGGCGCAGGGCCGGGGCCUCUGGAGGUGUUUCUAGCGGGGGUUGCGCCAGUUGCCGCGUGGGAACACGAACAAGCGCACAUGCGAACGCGAGCUGGCGUCAGGUUUUGCGCGCCGUUGCGUAGAAUUUUGGUGUGCUAUAUUGUUUUGAUGUGUAUAGCAACUUUGGGGCUUGUGGAACAUGUUCAGGGCAUGAAGAGGCAGGCAGGGGCGGUUUGCAAAGAGCGAGAAGGUCAAUUAGGUAUAUAUGGACAUAAGAAUUCCGCUACGUGGAAGUUUGCGCGGUCAGACUUCGCAGGUGGUCCGCCGUGCGUGAUCGCGAGUAGCCGCUGGGAACUCGGGUGGGAACUUCCGUCCCCCGCCAACCGGCGGCAGGCCGCCACGCAAGGCCCUGGCCAUAUGCACGGUGUAUCAUCAAUUGAGACAAGUAGAAAGGAAGUCGCUGUCUGGUCCACGGGUUCUGGAACGGGCGGAACUGGCAGCAGCACCUGUGUCGACGGUUAGGUAAAACUAGACA